AUGGCUCUAUGCAUCCAACCCACCGAACUCAACCGGCUGAACAUGGAGACAAUUGACAAAGUUGAAAGUAUGAAAGGCUAUAACAGCUCAACAGACGAUGACGAUGAGGAUGAAGAACCCCAACCUCCCCCAAACAUACGCAGAAAGGUGUCAUUUGCAGAUGCUUUUGGUCUGAAUUUGGUUUCGGUGAAGGAAUUUGACAAUGCAGAUACAGCAGAUUCGGACACAAGCCUGAGCUGCGAGUGGGAGGAGGUCAUUUCCACUGAGGACUUUUACAUGUGCUGCUUGUUUACAGUCCCAGCAACCCCCGAAGAGCUAGAAAGGAAAGUCCAGAUGCAAAUGCUGGAACUAGAAAGCAUUGAGCUUCUCCCCAAAACGACAACUCUCCGUGGGAUCGUGCGCGUGUUGAACAAGGUAAAAGAGAAUGAGUCUCCGGUUCAAGAUGAAAGCUGUGAUUGUAAGAGCAAGAAAAGCUGUCUCAAAGUCAACAGGAGAGAGAGUGCAGAGGAGCAGAUCAAAGACACACUAAAUGCAGCUACACACGAUACAGAGUGCACGCGUAAAACGGACAUGUCUGACCAAACCUGUAGAGCAAAGUCAUCACUGCAUCUUGAAGAAAACACAAAUACUGUGGAGAGCAUAAAAAGCCGCCACAGAGCAGUGCGUUCUGCACGUGCUCUGGACCCCUGUCCCCAGAGGACAUAUCCACAUGACUCACACCAGCGGCAAAAGGGCUCGCAGCCAAUUUCAUCUGCGCACUGUAACUCGAGCGGCCCACUCCGUCAGAGUAAUAAAGCACAAACUAAAAACAUGCAGGUCCACACGUAUCAUCAGAUUCCAACACUUGACUGGAGUGGGAAUGACGAUGUGGACAAGCUGUGGACAGAAAGACCUAAAAUUACCAUGUCAGAAUCACCAGUGGUAGAUGCAGCUGCAGUAUACAAUAUGUGGGAAACCUUUGCUAAUGGGAUAGAAGGAACUAUAGAACCUUCUGUGUUUGAUGCAUGGCAGGUUUUUUUAAACAGCCCUGGCUUUGUGACACAAUCUGAUGUCUCGGCGUCGUGCCAGCCGAUGUCUCCGUCAAAUGAUGAAAAUACCCUCGCACAACACGAACCUAGCAAGCAGGUGCACGUGGGCCAAGAUACACCCAACUUAGCAGCGCCGAGCUCAAGCGCACGUCACCCGCUGCCUGACACUGCUGGAACAUCACCAGUCGCCUUGAACAGCAAAACCCAGGAAAAGCCAGGAGCCGAUCUUGCAUAUGUCACAGGCCAAUUCGGGGAUGACAACACAGACGCACACGAUGCACCCCAAAGGUCAGACACAAACUCAGCAACAGAAACUCCGCAGGUAUUCGGAGUCUCGGGGGCAAAGCCUGUGUCCAAGGGCUCCGAUGACAGGCCGAGUGAGUGUCGCGAGCAUGAGAUCUGGGAGCGAGAAGGGGCUGGAAUAAUGGGGGAAAUAGUCUCGAUUGGUCAAGUCGAUGAGAAAUCUGCGGAAACCAAGAGUACGUCAUACACACUUGAAGAAAUAAAUGUCAAAGAAGAUGAGUCCGAGCUGGCCCAUGGAGAGCUUCUCAAUGUGCUGUUGGAUAUACAAGUGGAGGAGCAGUCAUUUUAUUCAGAAAUGGGACAAAAAGAAAAUCUGAACCAUACAACAGAACUGCCCUCAGGGGUUUCCGCCUGUUGA